AUGUCUACGGCUAACUGUCUGCAACGUCAUGAUACCUCCGUUUCUCUUGCUUGGCAUACUGACAUUCUCACCUCACCGAAGUCUCACCACCAAAUUCAGCAGCCCGGACUUGGACACGCCGCUCUCCACCGCAUGCCCUCAGUGGUCUCAGCAGAAGGGCAGUGUCGAAUUCCAAUCGUCUAG